UGACUACGGUGGCAACCAGCCAACCACCCGCCACGGUCUGGCGCUACAUCUUGUAAGUUAGGAGUAGUGAGGGACCCCUUUUUCCCCCUUCCCAGCAGCGUCUCGGUCUCUCUGAAUUUGAUUGUAGAAGAUUGGAAGUCUCCAUAUCUGUAUCAAUCGAAAUCAUAGAACAAGCAAGCGUUAAGUAUUAGAGAGUAGUACAGAGGAGUCAUGACGACGGCAGCGAGACCCACAUGGGCACCUGCAAAAGGUGGUCAAGAACAAGGUGGUACUCGAAUUUUCGGUCCCUCACAGAAAUACUCUUCUAGAGAUCUUGCAUCUCAUACAACCUUAAAGCCCAGAAAAGAGGGGCAGGAUACCCAAGAAGAAUUGAAGAAGAGGAACCUCCGGGAGGAGCUAGAAGAGCGUGAACGGAGGCAUUUUUCUUCAAAGGAUAAGUCUUAUAUUGAGGACAGAGAUCGAAGAAAAGGAGGCCAACUACUUUUGGAAGGGACAAAGCGAGAUGCUGAAGAUCGCAKAGUUCCACGUAAUGUAGAUGCUGAUGAUUCUGAUGUUGAUGUUAAAAGUGACGAUGGAAGUGACGACGACGACGAUGAUGAUGAAGAUGACACAGAAGCUCUUCUGGCUGAACUUGAAAGAAUAAAGAAGGAGAGAGCUGAGGAGAAGCUUCGGAUGGAACGACAAAAACAGGAAGAGGAGCUGAAAGCUAAAGAAGCAGAACUGAUCCGAGGAAACCCUCUGCUUAAUCCAACUUCUUUUGGUGUCAAAAGAAGGUGGGACGAUGAUGUAGUGUUUAAGAACCAGACUCGUGGAGAAACCAAGACACCCAAGCGUUUCAUCAAUGACACCAUCAGAAAUGAUUUCCAUCGGAAAUUUCUGCAGAAAUACAUGAAGUAGUUUUUCAAUCAAGCAUUGUGAACUCUUUUAGAACUUAAAAUUCUUUGGUUUUUCAAUCAAAAGCAUUUAACUGAUCUGUUAAAAAAGUUGGAUGUUUCUGCUCAAUGUACUAUGGGUUGAAUGAAGGUAAUUUAUAACUGAAGGGACUAGCAAAACAGGGUUCAUGUAAUUGAAGUGUGUUCAAUUACAAGGAAUGUAUCUUUGUGUUUUCUGACUUUCUCCACCUGUGAAAUGUGAUCAAGUUGACGGGUAUUUGGUAUUGACGAUGCUUGCUGUUGCUGGACGACCAGCUUUCUCCGUCAUCUAUACGAAGCUUUUAACCGUCUCUUCUAAGAAGGAAUGGAACAUGAAGCUGUUGGUUCUGUAUGUUAUGUUUUGCUAAGUAUUUGUAAAGAAAAAUAUGGAGCAGCUUCAUUUCAUUAUGUAAAAUUGAGAAUUACAGUAUUGUAUCUUACAGCUACUURACUUUUACAUGCAAAAUAAACAAAGAUACGAGCAACCUUGUUUCUUUCC